GGUCCCGGUGGUUCCGAGGUAGUUUGUAGUGGUUGAAGGGAAUUCCCGGGCCUGAGAAUUGGACGCCCGCGAAGCGGGAAGAUGGAAGCGUGGCGCUGUGUGAGGAGAGGCUACGGCCGCUGUGUGGUGGGGAGAGGCCGAUACCCCAUGUUUCCCAAUCACCCGAAGAGUCUGGGCAGAGAUUGGACUACUCCGUGGGAGAAUCUGCAAAGGUGUUGCUGGAACAGACACAUUUCUAGUUGUAUGAGGUGGCCUGGACAUUAUUCUCGUGCUCCUUACCCAUACUUCAGUAGUAGGCAUUUUUCUCUAAAGUGGAGACCACCUUGUUUGUUUGAGUCUAGAACUCAGUAUCAGUACUAUAACUGGAGACCUGACCACCUGAGCCAGACAUCCUUCAUUCAUCUCUCUAGUUACGUCAUGAAUUCUGAGGGAGAUGAGCCUUCAUCAAAACGAAGAAAACACCAAGGCACGAUAAAAAGGAAUUGGGAAUAUAUACAUAACCACAGUAAAGAAAAAAUGAACAUCCCAGGAGACAAAAAUAUUGACCCCAAAUGUGAAGACAGUGAGAACAAGUUUGACUUUUCAGUGAUGUCCUAUAACAUACUUUCACAAGAUUUAUUGGAAGAUAAUUCUCACCUUUAUAGACACUGCCGCCGGCCAGUAUUACACUGGAGUUUUAGGUUUCCCAAUAUUCUGAAAGAAAUUAAACACUUUGAUGCAGAUGUACUUUGCUUGCAAGAAGUUCAAGAGGAUCAUUAUGGAACGGAAAUCAGGCCACAUCUGGAAUCACUGGGUUAUCACUGUGAAUAUAAAAUGCGGACAGGAAGGAAACCUGAUGGCUGUGCCAUUUGCUUCAAACAUUCCAAAUUUUCACUCUUGUCAGUGAACCCAGUGGAAUUCUACCGCCCUGAUAUUCCUCUGUUGGACAGAGACAACAUUGGAUUAGUUUUACUCUUGCAGCCCAAAAUUCCAUGUGCUGUACCUCCUGCAGUCUGUGUAGCUAAUACACAUCUGUUGUAUAAUCCAAGGCGAGGAGAUAUUAAGCUCACCCAAUUGGCAAUGCUGCUGGCAGAGAUUUCUAGUGUUGCCCAUCGGAAAGAUGGCAGCUUCUGUCCUAUUGUUCUGUGUGGUGACUUUAAUUCUGUUCCUGGUUCUCCACUUUAUAGUUUCAUAAAGGAAGGAAAAUUGAAUUAUGAAGGACUUGCCAUCGGAAAGGUAUCUGGCCAGGAACAGUCUUCACGGGGACAAAGAAUUUUAUCUAUUCCAAUUUGGCCCCCAAACCUAGGUAUCUCACAGAACUGUGUGUAUGAGGUACAGCAGGUACCAAGAGUAGAAAAGACAGACAAUGAUAAGACACAAGUACAGCUGGAGAAAACAGAGGUCCAAGUGACGGCUGAAAAAUUAUCUUCAAAUUUGCAGCAUCAUUUCAGCUUGUCAUCUGUUUAUUCACAUUAUUUUCCUGACACUGGAAUUCCAGAAGUGACCACGUGUCAUUCUCGAAGUGCCAUAACUGUGGAUUAUAUUUUCUACUCUGCAGAAAAGGAAGAUGUUGCUGGGCAUCCAGGAGCUGAAGUUGCUUUGGCUGGUGGCUUGAAGCUUCUAGCUAGACUGUCACUGCUUACAGAACAAGACUUGUGGACUGUUAAUGGGCUUCCCAAUGAGAAUAACUCCUCGGAUCAUCUGCCCUUACUGGCUCAGUUUAGACUUCAGCUCUGACUCUGACUCUUCCUCAAUUAUGUAUAUAAUUUCUUUCAAAGAAUGUAAAAUUGUUCUUAAGUGUUUGCAUGUUUUUUUUGUGCUGUGGGGUUUCUGAAGAUGUUAAAUGCUUGAAACGUAUCAGAAGAAACAAGUUUACAACAGUUUUGUUUUUUCAGUGAUGAAAAAUAUUUUCCUGACAGUUGAGGACUAAAUACUCUUUAUUAUAGAAGAGAUAUAUUUUUAUUCUAAAUCCCAGUAAAAUUGACACCGGUUUUUAAAUA